GCGAGCGCCAGGCCUCGCCGCCGCCGCCGCCACCGCUCCCGCCCCCGCACCCGCCGCCGCCGGCCCGCGCCGGCCCUCGCAGAUUGCUCUUGUAGAAAGCGGAUGUGUGGGAUAACAUGUCCAGUGUGUCCGAGGAGAGACGAAAAAGGCAGCAAAACAUUAAGGAAGGCCUGCAGUUCAUACAGUCGCCGCUGUCGUACCCAGGAACGCAGGAACAGUAUGCGGUAUAUCUGCGUGCUCUUGUGAGAAAUCUUUUUAAUGAAGGAAAUGAUGUUUAUCGGGAGCGUGAUUGGAAAAGCUCAAUAAGCCAGUACACAGAAGCUUUGAAUAUAGCUAAUUAUGCAAAGUCUGAAGAAAUUUUAAUCCCUAAGGAAAUCAUUGAAAAACUGCAUGUAAACCGUAUUGCCUGCUAUUCUAAUAUGGGUUUCCACGAUCAAGUGUUAGAAGACUGUGAUGCAGUCCUCAGUUUAAAUGCCAGUAACUGCAAAGCUCUGUAUCGGAAAUCGAAGGCUUUGAGUGACUUGGGACGAUACAGAGAAGCCUACGAUGCUGUAGCAAAGUGCUCCCUCGCGGUGCCACAGGAUGAACAUGUGAUAAAGUUAACUCAGGAGCUGGCUCAGAAAUUGGGAUUUAAAAUAAGAAAAGCAUAUGUUAGAGCUGAGGUCUCAUUAAAAUCGGGUCCUGGGGAUGGGACUACCAAGGCUUUGAAUUAUUCUGUGGAAGAUAUUGAAGCAGAUUUGGUCCCUCCGAGGCACGAGGCCGUCGCUCCCGUCUCUUUACCGGCAUCCAGUUUUCCUCAUGACGUUGGCAGUGAGCUGGCCUCGGUUGCUGUGACGCCCCUGGCUUCUCUGUUGCCGCUGCAAGGGGAAGAGAGUGCCCUGCCCUCCGCAGUGCUGGCCAACGGGGGGAGGGCGCCCUUCGCUGCACAGGACAUGUUUUCAGAUGAUGCAGACAUGAUCCUUGGAGAUGAAAUUGAUGACCUCCUGGAUUCUGCCCCUGAAGCCAGUGAGAGCAUGAUGCCUCCAGCCUUAGUGAGAGGACCCCUUCCGACAGCCAGCGUCACCCCUAGCUUGCCCUUUUCGGCAUCUCUGUUAGGAACCUUACCCAUUGGGGCGAGGUACGCUCCUCCACUCUCCUUUUCAGAACUGUAUCCGCCUUUGACCUCAUCCCUAGAAGAUUUCUGUUCUUCUUUAAAUUCAUUUUCAGUGAGUGAAUCCAAAAGAGAUCUGUCCACCUCAACUUCUAGAGAGGGAACAACGCUUAACAACAGUAAUUCUUCCCUUUUACUUAUGAAUGGACCAGGUAGUUUAUUUGCUUCUGAGAGUUUCCUGGGCAUCUCAAGUCAGCCUAGAAAUGACUUUGGAAACAUUUUCGCAAGUGCAGUUACUAAGCCAUCGUCAUCAGUGACUCCGAGACAUCCCCUGGAAGGAACCCAUGACUUGAGACAAGCUUGCCAGAUCUGUUUUGUAAAAUCAGGCCCUAAGUUAAUGGAUUUCACUUACCAUGCUAAUAUCGAUCAUAAGUGUAAGAAAGACGUUUUAAUUGGUAGGAUAAAGAAUGUGGAAGAUAAAUCAUGGAAAAAAAUACGCCCAAGACCAACUAAAACAAAUUACGAAGGACCAUAUUACAUAUGUAAAGAUGUUGCUGCUGAGGAGGAGUGUCGGUACUCUGGCCACUGCACUUUCGCCUACUGCCAGGAGGAGAUAGAUGUGUGGACGCUGGAGCGCAAGGGGGCCUUCAGUCGCGAGGCUUUCUUCGGUGGCAAUGGAAAGAUCAGCCUGACUGUGUUCAAACUUCUCCAGGAGCAUCUCGGAGAGUUUAUGUUCCUUUGUGAGAAAUGUUUUGACCAUAAACCUAGAAUGAUAAGUAAAAGAAAUAAAGAUAAUUCUACUUCCUGUUCUCACCCAGUUACAAAGCAUGAGUUUGAAGACAAUAAGUGCCUUGUCCACAUUUUGCGAGAAACAACAGUAAAAUACUCAAAAAUACGUUCUUUUCAUAGUCAGUGUCAGCUUGAUUUAUGUCGACACGAGGUCCGCUACGGCUGUUUAAGGGAAGAUGAAUGUUUUUAUGCCCAUAGUCUUGUGGAAUUGAAAGUGUGGAUAAUGCAGAGUGAGACAGGUAUCUCACAUGAUGCCAUCGCUCAAGAGUCUACGCAAUAUUGGCGAAACGUGGCAGCAAAUGUUCCUGGAGCGCAGGUACUUGGCAGUCAAGCAAUGCCUGAGUCUCUUAAUAUGAAGAUAAAAUUUGUGUGUGCUCAAUGUCUGAGAAAUGGUCAAGUCAUUGAACCAGACAAAAACAGAAAAUAUUGUAGUGCAAAAGCAAGGCAUUCGUGGACCAAAGAUCGCCGUGCGAUGAGAGUGAUGUCUAUUGAACAUAAGAAGUGGAGGAACAUCCGUCCUCUCCCCACAAAGAAACAAAUGCCUGUACAGUUUGAUCUAUGCAACCAUAUUGCUUCUGGGAGAAAAUGUCAGUAUGAUGGGAACUGUUCCUUUGCCCACAGCCCCGAGGAGCGAGAAGUGUGGACCUACAUGAAGGAGAAUGGCAUACAAGAUAUGGAGCAGUUUUACGAGCUGUGGCUGAGGAGUCAGAAAGAUGACAGAAGUGAUGAUGUAGCCAGUCAGUCCAACAAGGAAAAUGGAAAACAAAUUCACAUGCCAACAGACUACGCGGAAGUCACCGUGGACUUCCACUGCUGGAUGUGUGGGAAGAACUGCAACAGUGAGAAGCAGUGGCAAGGCCACAUCUCCUCGGAGAAGCACAAGGAGAAGGUGUUCCACACCGAGGACGACCAGUACUGCUGGCAGCACCGUUUUCCAACGGGAUAUUUUAGUAUUUGUGAGAGGUAUAUGAAUGGUAGCUGCACAGAAGGAAACAGCUGUAAAUUUGCACAUGGAAAUGCUGAACUUCAUGAAUGGGAAGAAAGAAGAAAUGUCCUAAAGAUGAAGCUCAACAAAGCACGAAAAGAUCACUUAAUUGCCCCAAAUGAUAAUGACUUUGGAAAAUAUAGUUUUUUGUUUAAAGAUUUAAACUAAUAUGCUGGCUUCUAUGUAUGUAACCUAAUCAGAGCAUUGACCAGAGAAAUUGCAAGUGUUGUAAGGCACGUAGCAGAGGGGCUCAGACUUCCUGCUUGAAUUGGCACAUAUCCUGAGCAGCAACCCACAGUAGGUAGGAAAACGGGCUGUUUAACGGGUCUGGCCCAGCUCUCACGGAACCAUUGGCAUCAGAUGGCGAAGUGACUGCUCCCCGGCUGCGGUCUGUUGAAUGGAGCGUUGGAGGAGGUGAGGUUAUGUCUGGGGCGACUCUUUGCGUUGGUCCUUCAGUGCAGAACCAUGAUGCUAAGAGAAUACACACUUGGACCGGGAUCAGAGUACAUGCGGGAUGAAAUUUCUUCACUUAGCAGAACGAACGUAUUUAAUGUUUGCUACUUAUCUGUACGUAGGUUGCUUAAAAAAGGAUUUUCUUAACUCAGAUUUUAAGCCAAAUAACCAUUUAACACCAUUACCUGUUAAAUGGGGUAUUUUUCUGUAUUUGUAUGUUUCACUAUAAUAAGGGAACUGAGGAUAAUGUGCAUUAAGAAUAUUUUGAAAAAUAAUCAGUUGACUCAAAUUUUAUUUCUUGGUCUUUUGCUGUUUAAAUGAUUUCAAAGAUUAAACUUGUACUGUUGGUAUUGUGUAGUGUAUGGACCAAUACUGCCUGUAAUAAAGAUU